AGAUGGAGGGAGAGAACCAAUGGAAUUGAAGAGGGAAUUAAAGAACCUUCCGAUGGUCAUAGCAGUGAAAGCCGCAUCUCAACUUGAUGAUUUGUGCUUCAACAUUGUCUGUCAAGUUGCCUCCACCCAGCUCAAGAUGGAGAUCAGGGUCGUCAUUAGCGCCCCGCGCCGUAACCCGAGCCACUUUGAUCAGUUAGUGAAGCUGGCACAGUCAGCAGACGCAAGCCUGAUGGUAGUCCAGUACCAAACCUUGGACAAGAAGGAUGAUUUUCCUGUUCGAGGGCUUGUCAAGCUCCUGGUGGACACCUCAGAACCCUUCGACGUUAAGAAACUUGUUAAACAGAUGCUGGAUGCCAAAGAGCUGCCUAAGUUGAAGUGGCAUUUUCAUGCUCUGAAACUCUAUACUGACGGUAAGGAUAAACAGAAUCGGAAUCUCCAUUGCAAACGCUGUCUGGCGCACAUUUCCGGUCCCAGUUAUCAGUGUGUUGAAUGUGAUAAGCACAAUUUCCAUAAAUCCUGUGCCGAGUUAGCCGGUAGUUUAGACGGUCUUCGCGAAAACUGCCCCUCAUAUCUCAAAGGGAAUAAGCCUAAUUAUAAAUAUUUUUCAGAGCAGCACAAGUGCGAGAGCUGUAAGGUCAGCAACAGCAACUUCUCCGAACAUUGCCAUCAUUGUCUGUUUCAGACCAACGUGAAACUUGGACAUCUACCAAUCGUUCUUCGACACAAUUCUCAUGCACAUCCUCUGAGUCUCAUCAUCAUGCCACACGCCCAUAAUUACCAGUAUGCAUGCUGUGGCUGUGGUGACUUAGGUGAGUGUAUCAGCUACCGAUGUUCCGACUGCAACUUUAAUCUUCAUAUUAGUUACGUUUUGUUACAGCCUGUUCUUAAGAGCAUACGCCACAUACAUCCUCUUGCUCUUUACUAUGGACUUGGGGAGGAUGAUCUUGAUUAUGAAGAUUCCCAAUGUAAUAUUUGUAACAAUGGCAGAAACCCAGAUAACUGGGUUUACGUCUGUGAAGAAUGCAAAUGGGUAGCUCAUAUUGCCUGCGCAAUAUGACAAAAUAGAAAUGUUUAUCUGAUUUCUGUCAUUUGCAGGUAUUAUGAUUGUAAGUUUAUAAUAUUGUAUAACAUUGUAAUUAUAUCAUUUUCAGUAAGAUAAGUGUUGGUGUGCUCUCUUUUUUGGCAACCAUAACAUGUUUCAGCGGAAACUUCGGCUUAGUUUAUUCUGUGAAGUGGAGUCUACUUUUGAAGUUCCAACACAUUAUUAUUUCCAAAUACUAUUGUAUUAACUUUAGUUUUAUAUUAUAGAAACUGUAAUUUCAUCAUUUUAGUUUUAGUUGAUAAAGUUAUUUGAAUCUCAAUUGUUUAUGAAUGACGAUUGUAGUUUUCCGAAGAAAAAGAAAACGAGAAAGGAAGCAUCUUGUGUUGUUUGUAGCUAAAGCUUAAGAUCACAUGGUUCUUGAUCUUCAAAUUGUAAAUUUGCAUUAGAAAACUUGUUUGUUCUUGUUAUCUUCAAAUCCCUUGGUUACUCACAUGUGGUAACAAAGUAGGCUAAGAAUAAAGAAAUUGCUGUCUC